AUGAGUCUUUAUAUGAAUGUUUUUGAACAAAUCGAAAUUAUUUUAGAAAAAUGUAAUAAUGAAACGUUUAUAAAGAUUAACACCUUAAUUGAUCAUAUUAUUAGAAAUUAUGCGAAUGAAAAUCUGAAAGAAAUACAUGAGAGAAAAAAAGUAAAUGAUAACAAUAAAAAGCAGAAGAAAAAGAAAAAAGAAAAUAACAGAAAUACCAUACGUAAUUAUUUUAAUCUGGUCGAUAAAGAAAAUAAUUUAAAAAAAAAAAAUAAUAAUAAUAAUAAUAAUGAUGAUGAUGAUGUAAUGGAGCAAAAUAAAAAUAAGGAUAGUUUAUUAUCAUUAACAAUUAAAAAUAAUAAUAAGACUAUAAUUAAUAUGUUUUUUUUCUUUGGACAUUUUAAUAUUAUGAUUAUUAUAUAUUAUGUUAUAUAUAAAUUAAAAAUGUUUGAUAAGGAUUUAUUUAUACAUGAAAAAGGUUCAAACAUUCAUACAAAUCAAAGUUAUACAGCCGAUAGUAUAAGUGAUGAUCUAAAUAAAGUAGGCUCAGAUAAUAAUAGAAAUAAAAAUAUUAUUAUGAGACAUAUUAAUAUAAAUAAUAAACAACAUUAUCUUAAAAAAAAAUAUAAUAUACAAGAUGACGAAGAAGAAGAACAAGACAAGGAAACCACUAGAAGCGACAUCAAAUUAAGAGACACAUAUAGUGAUAGUCAAAGUAAAGAUAUUAUGAUGAGUUUAAGCCCAAACAAAGAAGAAGAAAGUAUGAGUAGUGAUAAUCCAAAUAAAGAUAUUAAUAGUAGUGAUCAUAAUAUGAAUGAUAGUACUAAUGAAAGUACAACAACAAGUUUAAGCACAAGUAUAAAUAACACAAAUAGAGAUAACAAGAAUAGAAAAAAAAAUAAUAUUAAUAGUAAUAGUAAUAAUAAUAAUAAUAAUAAUAAUAAUAAUAAUAAUAAUAUUAAUAGUAAUAAUAAUAGUAGUAGUAAUAAUAUUAGUGGGGUAUAUCAUUAUGUACCUAGUCAAAAAUAUAAUAUUAAAUAUAAUACAUACAAUAAUAAAGAUCAUAUUAUUUACCACAAUAAAUGUAUUACACAUAUUUUAUGUUCCCAAUUAAUGUAUCUAGAUAUGAAUUCAUUCAAUCAAGCUAUACAAGAUAUUGUUAAAACGAAUAAAUACAAAUUAUUAAGAGUUAUUAUUCUUGAAACUUUUGAUAGUCUAAAUGAAUAUUAUAGAAAAUUUUUUUUGAAUAAGUUAAAAAAAUGUAAUGUUCUUAUUUUUAUACAUAGUACUCAUUCAUUAAAUGAUACCUUUCUACAUAAUUGUUUAUAUAUACGUAUACCCAAACCAGAUAAAAUAUUAUUUAAUAAUCAUAUAUUAGAUUUUUUAAAAACUAAUUAUAAAAUCAAUAAUCUUAAUAAUCAAAAAAAAAAAUAUAUUAUUAAUGUUUUAAAUUAUUGUAAUUUUGAUUUACCACUUAUAUUAGCAUUAUUAUAUAUAAUACAACUACAUAAAUAUCCAGAUAUAAAAAAAAUUAUUAAACUAAUCAUUAAUUCAAAUAUUAAAAAAUUAAUAAAUGUUAUACAUAAAUGUAUCAUAUCAAAUAAUUCUUUUUUUGUUAUUAGAAAUAUAUUAUAUAAUAUCCUAUAUACAUAUAAUUUUCAUUUACAUAAUUUCCUAAAUACAUUCUGUAAAGAACUUGCAGCAUAUCAUAAAAAUGAUAAUAACUAUAAAAAAGACUUAUAUGCUCUCUUCUCUAAAUAUACAUAUAUUACAUCCAUGCAUGAUAUGCACAUAUGCUCUCUAGAAAACCUAUGCUCCAAUAUCAUACUCCUUGAAAAAAAAUAUGCAAAAACAUUUAAUGAAGUUGAUAACAAUUCUGAAGAUACACAGGAUUAA